UCUAAGAACUAAGAGAGUGGUGCAGGGGGUGUGGAGGGAGGAUACACAGAGAGAGGGCAGAAAUAAGUGAGCUUGCCACAGCAGACUGGAGCCAGGGAAGGCUGAGGAGACACGGAAUGAAGAUGUGGUGGCUACUCCUCCUUGGGGUGGCUACAAGCAGAUGUCUGCAUGAGGAGACCCAGAAGUCUGUGCGCCUUCUUAGGCCUCCUUUCUCCCAAAUGCCCACACACUUCCGCUCCUCAAUUCCUCCUCUCCCUGGCUCCCAUGAGCCUCAACCCCUUAGAAUCCAAACCUACUAUACAAGAGAUCCUGUGCCCACUGAGGCUUGGGAUUCUGAGGGGGAAACUCAAGCCCUGGCUGCGGUGACAGAGACCACUCGAAGGAUUCAGGGCAUCCUAGCAGUUCUCCCAGUACAAGGACCUCUGCUUCUGAGUCGAGACCCUGCACAAUACUGCCAUGCCGUCUGGGGAGACCCAGAUACCCCAAACUACCAAAGGUGCAGUCUCUUGAACCCAGGGUACAAAGGAGAGAGUUGCCUUGGGGCAAAGAUGCCAGAUGCCCACCUGCGUGGUUAUUCCUUGUGGCCAGAGCACGGUCUGCCCCAACUAAUCCAACCAGAUGGCCCUGGAGUCCAAAACACUGACUUUCUUCUGUAUGUGCGGGUUGCCCACACUUCCAAGUGUCACAAAGAUCCCUCUGUCAUAGCCUAUGCUGCCUGCUGCCAGCUGGACUCAGAAGACAGGCCCCUCGCUGGUACCAUUGUCUACUGUGCCCAACAUCUCAGAAGCCCAAGGCUCAGCCAUGAGGAUAUUGUCAUGGCUACACUACAUGAACUGCUGCAUACCCUGGGUUUUUCUGGACAGCUCUUCAAGAUGUGGCGAGACUGUCCCUCAGGACUCAGUGCUAGAGAGAACUGUUCUACAAGGAAACAGGUGACCAGACGAGAUGAAUGGGGACAACUGCUUCUCACCACUCCAGCUGUCAGCCGCAGCCUAGCCAAACACUUGGGGGUGCCCAGGACUUUGCUGGGAGUUCCUUUGGAAGAAGAGGGCUCUUUGUCUUCACAUUGGGAGUCCAGAGUACUUCAGGGAUCUAUAAUGACCGCUACCUUUGAUGGUGCCCAGCACACUCGACUUGACCCAAUAACCCUUGCUGCCUUUGAAGAUUCAGGCUGGUAUCAGGUCAACCACAGUGCUGCAGAGGAACUUUUGUGGGGCCAGGGCUCUGGCCCAGACUUUGGCCUGGUGAGCACAUGCAGGAUUGGAUCCUCAGACUUCUUCUGCACCGGCAGCGGGCUGGGCUGUCACUACUUGCACCUGGACAAGGGAAGCUGUUCUUCGGACCCAACGCUAGAAGGCUGCCGAGUGUACAAACCCUUAGCCAAAGGGAGUGAAUGCUGGAAGGAAGAGAACGGACUCCACACCAGGGUGGAGAACCCCCACGGGGAGAUCUACCAUAUGCACAGCCGCUGCUUCCUUGCCAACCUUACCUCCCAAGUGCUCUCCACAGACAACACCAGCCAACCCUCAACAACUCUGUAUCUCAAGGAAGAUCCUACAGGCUGUUGCUAUUUACAUCAAUGCACCCACAAGGGAGCCUACAAGGUGCAAGUGGAGGGAUCACCGUGGAUCCCCUGCCUUCCGGGAAAGGCUGUUCAGAUACCUGGGUACGAUGGUCUUCUCUACUGUCCCCAAGGCCGGCUGUGUCUGAGUGAUGAAGAUGCCAGUGUUGCCACUUCUCAACUGAUGAGCUUUACAACCCAAGACCUGCUAUUCCAGCUGUCUCUAAGGUUAACAGGGACCCCAGGCCACUCUCUGGGCAAGGGACAGAGAGAAGAGCUUGCUGAGGUACUUCUGCAGGCUCUGGUGACAAGAGCUGGCACUAGCAGGUGUUAUUUCCACAGCCCAUCCGUCACCACAAGCUUGCUGUUCACUGUGAGUAUGUGGAAGUCUCCUGGCUGCCACGGGCCUUCCGUUGCUAUGCUACAUAGGACCCUGACCCUGACUCUUCAGGAGAAACCCCUCCAAGUACACCAUGGAGAAGCCAUCUUUACCACAGAAUACAGCAAGCUGCGGACUUCCUUUGACCAUAACCCCUCUAUGACUGAGCUACUUCUGUCCACUGGAUUCUGCCUUCUGGUGUUAAUUAUGGUGGGUGCACUGGGAACUUUGGCUUAUCAGAAACGGGUUAUGCUCCAAGUGGCGCCAUCUACUACUUAACCAUCACAAGAGCUACAAGGCACAAGAGAUGAGAUUGAAAUAAAGCAGGCAUGAUGCCACUCAGGACAUAACUGCCAGAUGCCAGACAGCAAGAGGGCUCACUGGGUAAAGUCCUUUACCUGCGCUGAUUCCUAAGGAGCCACAACGUGGAGAAAAAUGGCUCCACAAGAUGUCCUGACUUCUACAUGUGUGCCGUGGCUCAUGAGCACUCAUACACAGAUGCACAUGCACAUG